AUGUCUCCUCCACUAAAAGAUGACGACUUCGUUGAUGUGGAAGAAUCUGAAAACAGGCCAAAUGAGACCGUGGAGGAUGAAGCGACACGGAAACAAGCGGCUAAAAGGAGGACCAAGACUGGAUGUCUGACAUGUCGGAAACGGCGAAUUAAAUGUGGAGAGGAGAAACCUAUCUGCCGAAACUGCAUCAAGUCGAAACGCGAGUGCCUUGGUUAUGUUCAGCCCCUUGUCUACAAGCAAGAAAGUCUGGGGUCCUCGAAUCCAAGCUACGACUUGCCAGAGCAGUCCGACGCGAACCAAUUCGAAAGCUUUCCCAUGGGUUCUUUUGCGGAUCCAAAUUUCCUCCAAGGUCCGCAAAAUACCGGACCAUAUCCCAACAAUGAUGUUCCGCUUCCUACGCAUUACCAGCAGCUGCCAUUCAGCGCAAGCUACCAUGCAUACCCUCCGACCGCCUCCGCCAGCCAUUUCUAUCCUGAUACAUCGACCGCAGCAACUCAUUUUGAAUGGCACACUACUCGAAACACGCAUCGGCCGUCAUUCUUGGGCAUUUCCGACGCGUCAGGAACGAUUCUACCGCCAAGGUCGUUCGGAGAUGUCCAGCAGGUACCUCGAUCUGACCUGUUCUUCACCCAACAAAGCCCGCAUAGGGCGGAAUGGGGACCACUAGGGCCAUGGUCAGCAUCAGCUCACGAUCCAAGUCCUUUCUCGCCCUUUGCGGGCAAUUUUGAGCCGGCAUUCGAGCACCAAUACGCAGUUGCCCCUGCCUUCCGACCACAACAUUAUUUUCGACAAGAUGACCUCCAAGACGGCGGUUCCAAGCAGCGCGAUAGCAGUGGAUCUUUGAGUGGAUCAUUAUCGCACGCGACAAGGGUUUCCUCAAUGCCAGGAGCGGCUGCCCUACCCAACACGAACUUUCCAAUGCCACCGAGCAGCGAUGACUACGAAGACCCCGCUGACCCUUUCGAUGUGGGCUCUGAUGAGGAAGACCUUUCGUACCAUGCAGCAGCAGAAAAUUUCACGCAGAUGCUUGACCAGUCAAAUCAGAACAAGGGGAGGACGUCCCGACCUGAUGUGGUCCGCAGACCACAUCAGACACUGACGAAUUUUCGACCUACUACCACAAUCUCGCCUCUCAGAGAGGAGCGCAAUCAGCAUAUCUUCCAUCAUUUUGUUGAAGUCACAAGCCAGUGCAUAUCUGUCUUUGAGAGACAUCAUUUCAGCUCAAUAGCUGGCCCCGCCCGGACACUAUGGAACUUCACUAUCCCCUCGAUGGCCUUGUCUCAUCCCGCUCUCGCACAUGCAAUUCUGGCACUAGGGGCGGUGCAUCUUUCGAAACUGCAGAAUACUUCGGAUGCGGUUGCCGUGAAGCAUUUCACAUAUGCCGUUCGACGUGUUGGGAAGCUUCUCGGGUUGCCAACAAGACGUCUUGAAAUCGCAACACUGGCGACGGUUCUCGUUCUUGGCUUCUACGAAGUCAUGAAUGGCGAUCACUCACGAUGGAACCUACAUCUAUCCGGCGCUACGAAGCUGGUGCUGGAACAUGAUUAUGCAGGCAUGAUCCGGGCCGCGAGGCGCAUGCGAAAUGGCGCCAAGGCGAGGGUGAAUCAAUGGAUGGCUCACUUUGCCCUCACGGAAGAGAAUUAUGCCCGUGUCGCUGGCAUACCUCUAGCACUAUUAGAUGAUAUCGACUGGGAAGUCGAUUCAGCCUUCAUUUCACGGCUGACAGGGGUUGAUAUAGAUUAUGACCAUCAAGUCCAACCUCAAUUUCCGACACAGAAUCUUGUGGCCGACCUCAGCGAGAAGGGUAUCGAGGAUCUCAAGGCGAAGAUGGACCUCAGGUGGUGGUAUUGCAAGCAAGAUAUCUUUCAGAGUCUGGUGGGCGGUGACAGACUGCUCAUGCCACCCGAGGACUGGAGAUACUGCCCACCCAGAGGUCAGCUUGGGCGUUCAGCCAACCCAUACGCGACCUUGGACCAUCUGUCACUGAUUAUGGCUCGUCUGGCAGACUUUGGCGGAAAAGACCGGGUUCGAAAACAACGUGCACUAGCCACCACAGGGGGCGAAUGGAAACCACCAGUAUGGUUAUUUGGUCCUCAAGGGCCUCCUGGUGGCACCAAAAAGCCUAGCAAAGGCCCAGAAUUGUCAGACUCACCUGAAAACUUCCGCACGGGAAGGGCUAGUGGUGCGCAGAGGUCUACGGGCCACAACGAUGCUAAAGCUUCGGUGGCACCCAGUGCUAAUGAAAGCAGAGUCCGUCAAAGUAGACCCAACAUGCAAGGUUCGGGUCCCUCAAGCGGGCCUCCCAUGAUGGGUAUGAUCCCUCCGCCAAAAGAUCCUAUUGUUUUACCUUCCGCUUUCAAGAGGAUGGAUGCAACCCUCAGGGACCCAGCUUUCACGGGCAUGAAGGAGCAAAAGAAAUCCACGCCACCUCUCAACUUGGACGACGAGACAUCAAGGGCUUUUACAGAGCAUGAUGAGAUUACGAAAGCCUUCGAUCUGUUCGCCAGAUCAUUAGGACCUGAUUUCGACCCGCUCCCAUAUACCGAUGCACCCGUCACAACACCUUUUGGGCCUGCAUUGAGUUACAAGAAUGCCGGCAUUGCAUGUAUAUGGGCCUUAUACUAUGUUGGACGCCUUCUCCUACAUCGCUUUCACCCAGAGAUGCCUCCGGCUGCAAUGGUAGCAGCGGGAGUGACGGCUCACCUAACUCGGGACCAUGCUCAAUCAGUGGGCAAGAUCUGCGCAGGCCUCUAUGCCACACCACAAUAUAGUCAAAGUGGGUCAUUAGAUCCAAGUUAUGCCGGUGCCUUGAUGGAGAGCACAUUUUCGCUGCUUUUCGCUGCAGUACAGUACACCGAUGCCGCACAACGAGGCUGGACAAUCAAUAAGCUGCAAGAUGUAUCCCAGAGAUGUGGAUGGCAAACAUCUGGUGCCAUUGCAGCUGCUUGCGAGACUGCCUGGGAGAGAAUGGGCCAGACCGGCAAAGGGCCUCCGUAUGAGAGAAGGCUGGAUCCCAGGAACCACGACGCCCGAGUGACGGGCGCAGGUCGGAGGCCAUCCAUGGCUAGUACGAGAAGCGCAGAUGCUAUGGCAGAACAUGAAUCCGCCUUUGUUAUCCACGAUCGCAGCUUGAUUGAUCGCUCAAGCUCUACAAGAGUCCAUUGGGCACUAGGUUUGCUCUCUGUGGAGGAGGACAUAAAGCAAAUGAGUCUUAACGGCUAG